UGUCCAGUUGAAGUAUUUUGACCCGGUCCGCUGAUGAAAGCUGCCGUGGAUAGUUGACUUACCGAUCCAGUUGCAACAAUUUCAAAACCCUAAUUACUAAUCUUGAAUGCAGGAAUCAAGAUCAACAAACUACUUCGAUUCCCUUUUUGGAGUUUUCUACACGACACUACCUACCUGUUUAAAUAACAACCUCUCAAUCCAUCUCAACAUCUCCAAUAUAUCCGGAAAUAAACCCUAAUCGAUGCAGAUCACCUCGUCAUCUUCUCUAAUUACACUAUGUUGUUUGCAGUGGUGUCGAUCUUGAUAAGCCCACCACCAAUUUUGAACCAAUUUCAUAAGUUCGAUAUUCAUCGGAAAACCCCCUUUUCUACUCCCGUUUUUCGUACCUUGAAGGAAUCUGCAAUUGGAUAUCCGAAAUCUGUUAGACUGAAGAAAAUGAAGGUUGAGGAAUCGAUUGAGACGGGGAUACUCAGCGGUGGUGGUGGUGAUAAUGAACGUUUUAGUCCUGCAGUUUCCGCUUUAGAACAGGAAACUUUGAUCGAUUAUGGAGGUGAUUCAUUUCAUCAAACAGUUGGUGGGCUACACACAGUUGUUAAUCGUUUGAGUAAAUGGGUGGUAGCUGCAAUUUUCGGUGGAUUCAUUCUGUUGAGACACGAUGCUCUUGCAUUAUGGGCUGCAAUGGGGUCUGUUCUGAAUGUUAUACUAUCAAUCACUUUGAAGCAGAUUUUGAAACAAGAACGCCCUGUUUCUAGAGUAAGUUCAGGCCAUGGAAUGCCAUCUUCGCAUGCCCAAUCCAUCUUCUACGCCACCUUAAUCUUGAUAUUGUCAGUGAUCAAAGGUCAAGGAUUGAAUGUAGUUACAGGCGUCUUUAGUGUUCUUGUUGUAGCUCUUGGUUCUUAUUUCUCAUGGCUAAGGAUUUUACUACGAUAUCACACUACAAGCCAAGUUGUUGUGGGUGCAAUUGUGGGGUCCAUUUUUUCAGUGUUAUGGUUUUCAGCAUGGGAAGCGAUUGUUUUCAAGGCAUAUAACUCGAUUUUGUGGGUUCGAAUUCUUGUAAUUGUUGGAGCUUUUUGUUUCUGUUUAGGGUUUAUAUCACAUGUUUUUAGGCAUUGGAUGAAGGAUGAAUGAUCAUAUAUAUAUCAUAUUCUUGUACAUUUUUAAUAGAUCUAAAGAAAUCAUCCGAUCAUUAACCA